AUGCGGUGGCUGCUGUCGGACGAUGUCCUCCCUGAUUGGUGGACCAGCCUGGACACCUCCCUGGACGAGGAGUGCACGGAGGGCCGUUUCUACGCGUGCUACUGGUACUACCUGGCACUGGCGUACGGGGUCAUAGCCCUCGUGGCCGCGACCCAGCUGAUCCGGAUCCAGCAGCGCGUGCCGGACUACGGUUGGACUACACAGAAGGUGUUCCACUUGCUCAAUUUCCUGUUCUGCGUGCUACGCUGCGUUUCAUUCGCCCUGUACACCCUCCUGGAGAAGCUGAAUGAGAAGAACGUGCACCAAGCCGUUGCCAAGCUCAUAGUCUUUGACCUGCCAGGCCUCCUAUUCUUCACGACCUUCACAUUGCUGGUCCUGUUCUGGGCUGAAAUUUACCACCAGGCCAGCAAUGUCGACACAAGGUUCCUGCGGCCGUACUUCAUUAAAGUGAAUGUCCUUGUGUAUGUCAUCGAGAUCAUCCUGUGGGGUCUGUCGGCAGUCAGUCUGUCUCAUGACUGGGCACGCUACGGCUCGGCAGGUUUCCUGACUGCUGUGUCACUGGGCGCUGUGGUGGGUUUCCUUGUCUACGGCUGCCGGCUGUUCUCCAUGUUGCGGCAGUUCCCCAUCGAGUCUCGAGGCAGGCAUAAGAAACUGCAGGAAGUCGGCCUCAUCACAGUGAUAUGCUCGGCCUGCUUUGCUGCCAGGGCGCUGCUGUCAGUGUUGUACAUCGUGGAUGACAGGGACUUCGACGUUGAUAUGAUGGGGAACGCCCUACUCAACAUCGUGUUUUAUGUGGUGUGCGAGAUCCUGGCAGCCGUGUUGGUGCUCAGCAUCCUACACCGGCUGCCACCCAAGCACAAAGCCCCCCGGCAAAGGACCACCCAGGGUACCGACUACCAGCCCAUUGGAGUAUCGGAGGACUAA